UGGGACGCCAUUAGCAGGCACCGCCGCCAGGGCAAACGGGCCCAGGCCGACGUGAGGGGCUGCCGGCGGGCGGCCCUGCCCCGUGAGGGGCUGGCAGGGCUGCUUCAGGCGCUGGAUCCGCGGUGAACCCACUGCGUGCUCCCUGCUCAGGAACGGCCCGAUCUCCUACUCUCCCUGAACGCUAAUGAUCGAGAAGUUUUAUGACUUACGAAGGAGAAACAUCAGGCUUUGCAGGUGCCUCAAAGGAUGUACCUUCUGAGGGAGAAGGAGACGACGGGCGGCAGAUCAGGAGACAAGAUCAUGCUAAAGAAUGUUCACGAAGAUCUUCAUUGCACAAGAGGGAAUGAAAGAGGAGGCCAGAUCAGGAGAAAAUAAGGGCAGGAGAAAGCUGACAUGGGGAAAAGCAUCAUGAAGCUUGUCUAUACUUCACUUUCUCUUACUGUGAUUUGCUGGCUCGCUGAAGGUACCCUGUCAAAAACAGAUACAAAGAAAAGUGCUGCAAAAAAGCUGGAAGAAAAGACGCUGCAUUCUGAUAAAAAUGUGCAGGACCGGGGGCUAGUAGUUGUGGAUCCAAAGGCAAAGGAUAUAAUACUGGAACACAAAAGUUACUGCUCCAAGAAGAUGAAGGAAAGACAUUUCUUGGGAGAUGUUCUGGGAUAUAUUACACCUUGGAACAGCCAUGGCUAUGACAUUGCUAAAAUAUUUGGAAACAAAUUUACACUAAUCUCACCAGUCUGGUUACAAGUGAAAAGGAGAGGGAAGGAAAGGUUCCAGUUCACUGGGCUCCAUGAUGCUGAUAAAGGCUGGAUGAAAGAUGUCAGAAAAACUUCCAAAACCAUCAGAAUAGUGCCUCGAAUUUUGUUUGAUGGCUGGACUUACCAGGACUUUGAGAGUGUGUUUGGCAGUGAGGAUGAGAUAGAGGAGCUUUCCAAGAGCAUGGUUCUACUAGCCAAGAAUGAAGAUUUUGAUGGUUUUGUAGUUGAAGUUUGGAGUCAGCUGGGAAAUCAAAAGCAAACGGAGUUGAUUCACUUGCUCAUUCACCUUUCUGAAGCUCUGCGUGAAGCACAACUUAAACUUGUCCUGGUCAUCCCUCCUGCAGUUGCAGCAGGGACUAACCGGCCGGGAAUGUUCACAAAGAAAGAAUUUGAUCAGUUGGCAUCAGCAGUAGACAGCUUCAGUCUCAUGACAUACGACUAUUCAACACCACAACGACCUGGUCCAAAUUCCCCUCUUCCCUGGGUACGAGCCUGUGUUCAAGUACUGGAUCCUGAUUCAAAAUGGAGGAAUAAAAUACUGCUAGGGCUGAAUUUCUAUGGCAUGGACUAUUCUGCUUUGGGAGCCACUGGGGAGCCAAUACUUGGUAGCAGGUACAUUGAAACCUUGAAGGAGCACAAACCAAAAAUUGUCUGGGAUGAACAAAUUGCUGAACACUACUUCGAAUACAAAAAAAAUAAAGGAGGAAAACAUGCAGUCUUCUACCCAACGCUGAAGUCCAUCCAGUUGCGCAUAGAGCUUGCAAAAGAAUUGGGCACUGGAAUAUCCAUCUGGGAACUGGGACAAGGCCUGGACUAUUUUUAUGACCUGCUUUAAAAUAAGAGAUGAUCGGGAAAAGACUUUAUUUGCUUCACUGAGACUCCACCUUCAAUAAUUUGGGUAGCCUGCAGAGGUGAUUUUUAAAACAUUUUUUGUAAUUGAUAUUGUAUCUGUAUUAAGCUUUCAUUUUUUCCAAUAAAAAACCUUUUGUGAUUUGCCACA